GUAAUAGUUUACCCGCAAAUGCAUCCGUCCAAAACUGGCAACGCUACGACAAGUUUAGCCAAUAACCUAAAAAAGUAACAGUUGUUCCGUCUUGCAUCUGCUAAAUGUUCUAUCAUGACUGAUGUCAGUGUGACCACGUGGUUGUUUAGUUGGGUUCAUCCAGAUGAAGAUGAUUUCUAAAAUUAGGUCAUAUUUAUCGUUCUCUGACCUAAAAAAAGUUGUUCAUGCUUUUAUCUCUGCUCGUCUUUAUUACUACAAUGCACUUUACUUGGGUAUCGGUCAGGGCUCCCUCCACCAUCUCCCUGGUAGUUUUCUAAUGGAUUUUAAAUUUCUAACACUCACUUUUAAAGGCCUCUAACGGCUCAGACCUGAAAUUCAUUUCAGAUUAUUGAGCUGUUAUGUGCCCUCUCGACCGAUGAGGUCUGUAGAUGGAGCCCUGCAGGUGACUCCCAGGUCGCAGGUUGUGACAAAGGGAGAUCACGCCUUUGACAGAAGAGCCCCCACACUUUGAAGCUGUCUGUCUACUGAACUCAGACACACCACGUUACUACCUUCUUUUGAAUCUCUUCACAAAACCUUUCUCUUUGUGAAAGGUUUUCUCCUUUUAGUCAACUGCCUUGUCUGUUUUCUUUUUACUUUUUUGCUUUUAUUUCCUCUUGCUAAGCACUUUGUAACAUUGUUAAGAAAUGUGCUAAAUUCUUUUUUAUAUUAUUAUUAUUAUUAUUAUUAUUAUGAAUCAUGUUGACAUGUGACAGGGACAAUACCCAUGAAUCACUAAAACAAAUUAGUACCUGUCUUCUAUUUUAGUGGAAACCAGGCUACAACUGCUAUAAAUAUAGUGGUUCAAUCCAUAGUGGUGUAUCCUCAUCAAUGAGUGGCGGCUUUAAAGUCUUUAUGUUUUUAUAUUGUUUGAAAUAAAAAGAAAAGGUUGUGAAGACGACGGCUUUGUGUUACUGCAGUUUACAUUGAAUCUGUUUUUAGUUUACUCUAAGUGCCAGUAAGAAACCCACCAUGAAACAUAAAACAUAAGCUGCUGUUGGUGUUGUUUGUUUCAUGUGUUAUGGAUGGAAGGGCGGUCGAUGUUAUUUCCACUGGUAAUUAGAGGCCAAUCAGAUUGCUCUCACAUUGUUCCCACCCACUUUAUAUGAUUACAUUAGAGCAACACAUUUUAUUAUAGGGUCUAAAUUAACUGCUGUCUUCAACGGGAAAAUGCUGAUUAUAUUCCACUUACUGCUGCUGCUCAGAGUGAAGCGAUGCACAUCUGAUCGGAUCUUUGAGACACGAACCGCUGGUGUUGGACAUGAUGUGAAUUUGACGUGUAGCCGCCCGAAGUUGGAGUACCGUACCGAAUUAUUUUGGAUCAGGCUCGUUUCUGGAAACUUUCCUGAAGUUUUAGGAGGAACACCUACAUUUGACUAUGCAGGUGUUAGUGAGACCUCUCACUUUACAGUCAAGCAAGAGCCUGGGAUCUUUCUUCUACGGAUUAAAAAAACUGAGCGAAGCGAUACUGGAGUUUACUAUUGCAUAAGAGUAGAACAGCUUGUCAUGAUAUUUUUGAAAGGAACAUUUCUUAGGAUUAAAGGACCAGAACCUAAUGUAUCUACAGUCAUUCAAGUCCCUCCGUCUGAUCCAGUCGGUCCAGGAGACCCAGUGACGCUGCAGUGUUCAGUCCUGUCUGACUCUGAGAACAACAUGUGUCCAGGAUAUCACCGUGUGUUCUGGUUCAGAUCUGGUUCAGAUGAAUCUCAUCCCAGUUUGAUUCAUGCUCAUGGAAACAGUCGUGAUGAAUGUGAAAAGAACCCUGAAGAUCACUGGCCCCAGAAAUGUGUCUACAACUUCUGUAAGAACGUUAGCUCGUCUGAUGCUGGGACUCACUACUGUGCUGUGGCCACAUGUGGAGAGAUUUUAUUUGGACGUGGAACAAAAGUGGACAAUAAAGCACCCAACGUGUGGGAUGUACAGAAGACCAAUACAGUUCUGUUUCUGUUAUGUGCUACAUUGGCGAUAAGUCUGAUUGUUAUCGGCUUCCUGAUUCAUAUCAUCAAGAAGAAAACGUGUGAUUGUUGCAAAGCUGUGGUUUCUUUUCCAACAGAGGCUGCAACUGUCCGUGGUAAUCAGCAAAAUCAGCAGAGAGAUGAGGACUCGUUGGUUUAUUCUGCGCCAACUUUCACCACGAGGAAAGCUGGUAAAGCGCGGAGAGGAAAAUUAAAAACUACAGAGGAACAACCAGUAUAUUCUGAUGUCAGGGUUCAUGCGAGUAAUUAACAAUUCAAAAACUGGAUUUGCUAAAUGAAGAUGAUACUUAUUCACAUAACUCCGGUAUCUGAUCUUGGUAAGAAUAUUUUAUAUGGAAAUCCUUCAAAAUAUUUUUAUAUUUUGUCCAGAGAUGUUUAAGUUUAAAUGCUUUUGGUGACAUCCUACAGUAUUUUCUUCAAACAGGUUUAUCAUCUUCAACUCAAACAGGCUUUUUGAAAAAAAACUUGACCGAGUACGAAAGUUGUGAAACAAAUAGUCUCAUUUGUCUUAUAUGCAGUUUAAAGGCUCUCUGUUUUCACCAAUGUGUUAAAUAAUGAUUGUGCAGAAUAAAAGUUUAAGUUUUACUGCUUUUAUAAUAGAAUCAUUUUUAUUUCAUGUUAAAUUUGUUGACCAUGAUUUUUUUUUUUACUUUGAAAAUAACUACGGCUGUAAUCAUUACAGAGGGGCAUCUAGCAUAAGAAAUUGAGAAUAAAUACUGAAAUAAACAAUUUUGUUUAAUGUUUCCAUAAUAGUCAUAACCAAUACAAUAUUUCUAAAGGCUCAAAAAGAAAAUUGUCUUUUGAAUUUGACACAUUUUAGAAUGUAAAUACACAAACUUUAAAAUCUAUUUGUGCGGUAGACAUUAUAUUUUCAUUGCCUUCAGGAACUACCGAACAGAGUUCAUUUGUUAUGAUUCAGAAGAACCCGCAUAAAAAAACCGAUUGGAAACUGUAUUCUUUCUUUUUUUCAUAUUGCAUGUGACCACAACUGACGUAUCGCUGGUGGCCUCAACCCAGGGAUUAUGGAAAUUUGUUUUGGGCUAUAUCUGGUAUGAUGAAUGUUUUUGUGCAUCACCCCUGUUAAAUAACUAUAAAAAAACAAAUAUAAUUACUUCCUAACAUUUAACUGUUGUUGCGGCAUGAUCUGUUAGUCUGUAUAACUAUUGUUGGCUGUCCUGCAGAUUUCCAAACACUUUUGAAUUACUGAAAUCCAGACAACAUACAAAACAGGAGUUUAGGUUUCUAACCUUGACUACUACACAGGAACCUACUUUGUGCAUGUGGCCGAUUCAGGACUGCUUCCUGUCCUACUGUUCUGGCAGUAAGGAGUCAAAAGUUAUGUGUGCACACACCCUGACAUGAACUUAGAUGAGAACCUUUGUUGAGACUUGGAGAAAGAAGCACAGGUCCUGCUCUCCUCUGAAAAGAUGCAGCAUGAAAAUUAGACAUUGUUAAGGUUGAUGAGACCUGUUGUUUUUUCUUUCAAUGACCUUGAGGGCGGCAACAGACCAACGUGUCUGACAAUCAUCGCUGUAGUUUAAACCCAGUAACUUGUCUUGUGAUGUUGUACUGGACUGCGUGUCUGGUUCCAUGUGAACAUGUGUCUGUGAUGCUGUAAAAGUGGCGCUGCUGCCUUUUAGCAGCGACCUGAGAAGAAGUGAAACAAGUAUAGGAGGUGGCUGUUGUGACCACAACCUCCUCCCCUGCUCGAUAUGCUCUGUACUUUGUGCUCAGGCGACUGACAUGAAGAGCGGGAGCGUCAUCACAGAUGCACUCAAGGGACGGUCCUGUUUUUACUCAGUUGUAACAACAUUUUGUCGGAUUGUACAUUUAGAUUUGGGGACACAAAAAUCAAUCAAAAGCUGUCGCUAUCAUUAGUGCCUCUCUAAUGAAUUAUGAUUGAUCUUAAUGAAAGACUUGUGCAACACAUGACACAGUCAAGUUACAAGCAAUGACACAUGACAAUGACACGUGAUGACAUCACAGGCUAACAAGUUGAUAUGAAGUAAUAGUUUACCCGCAAAUGCGUCGGUCCAAAACUGGACACGCUACGACAAGUUUAGCCAAUAACCUAAAAAAGUAACAGUUGUGCCGUCUUGCAUCUGCUAAAUGUUCUAUCAUGACUGAUGUCAGUGUGACCACGUGGUUGUUUAGUUGGGUUCAUCCAGAUGAAGAUGAUUUCUAAAAUUAGGUCAUAUUUAUCGUUCUCUGACCCAAAAGAAAGUUGUUAAUGCUUUUAUCUCUGCUCGUCUUUAUUACUACAAUGCACUUUACUUGGGUAUCGGUCAGGGCUCCCUCCACCAUCUCCCUGGUAGUUUUCUAAUGGAUUUUAAAUUUCUAACACUCACUUUUAAAGGCCUCUAACGGCUCAGACCUGAAAUUCAUUUCAGAUUAUUGAGCUGUUAUGUGCCCUCUCGACCGAUGAGGUCUGUAGAUGGAGCCCUGCAGGUGACUCCCAGGUCGCAGUUUGUGACAAAGGGAGAUCGCGCCUUUGACAGAAGAGCCCCCACACUUUGAAGCUGUCUGUCUACUGAACUCAGACACACCACGUUACUACCUUCUUUUGAAUCUCUUCAUAAAACCUUUCUCUUUGUGAAAGGUUUUCUCCUUUUAGUCAACUAACUUCUCUGUUUUCUUUUUACUUUUUUGGUUUUAUUUCCUCUUGCUAAGCACUUUGUAACAUUGUUAAGAAAAUGUGCUAAAUUCUGUUUUAUAUUAUUAUUAUUAUUAUUAUCAAUCAUGUUGACAUGUGACAGGGACAAUACCCAUGAAUCACAAAAACAAUUAGUACCUGUCUUCUAUUUAUGUGGAAACCAGGCUACAACUGCUAUAAAUAUAGUGGUUCAACAGUGAAUCAAUAUGAAACGAUAAAGAUGCCCUUUUGUUCCGUAUUGUCAUAUUGUCCUUUACCAUGUGUUAUGGGCAUUUCUCUCCUAUCUACUUGAUAAAAGAAAGUGUGGGCAGUUAUAUUUGUGUGUAUCCUAAUCAAUGAGUGGCGGCUGAAAAGUCAAUUUAUAUAUUGUUUGAAAUAAAAAGAAAAUGUUGUGAAGACGA